GAAAGAAAGUCCACUUAGUACACUAAUCCAGAAAAGGCACGAUGACAGAAUUUCGUAUUGCAAAAUCAUUUAUUUUAAAAGUAGCUAGUGUUAUCAUUCUACUAGACCUGUUAAUUGUACUUCUACUAGGAUAUGAUUUUCAGUCAAAAGCUUUUAUACCUGAGAGGCUACAGAGAGCUGCUAUAGUGAUUGGAAUUAUAUCGCUUCUGGUAUUUGUUACAAUAAUUGUAAUGGUGCAUAUUUUACCAAUGUUGAAUAAACGUAUAGAAAAGCAAUACCACGAUGCAAUUCAUUUGUAUGACGCCGACUUGAUGUUGCUGCGUCUACGUUAUUUGAGAAAUAGAAGAAAAUAAUCACUAUAUGUUAACAUAUUUAAUAUAAAAUAUGUUUAAAAUUGCGUACUAGUAUCAUAACUAUGGAAUAUUUUACGAACAACAA